CGGUUGAUAGCGAGGGAGGAGGCAGGGGACAGGGGACGGCUUGUUGUUGGUGUCGAGCCUCCCCGCGAGAUCCUCUCGCUGCGGGUCCGUGGGUGCAGCCGGUAACGCCAGCGAGGUUGCAGCCGGCGGUGGGGUUGCGGGAGACGGUGGAGGUGGAGAAGGGAGGUCUCCCUCCCUGCGGCAGCAUGAAAGCCGUGAGCCCCGUGCGACACCCCAGCCGCAAGGCGCAGCCCGGCGUGUCGGGCGGCGGGGGGCUGCGCUGCCUGGCCGAGCACAGCGGCUGCAAGGGGGCACCGCCGUCGGGCGAGGAGCCCGCGGCGCUCUGCCUGCAGUGCGAUAUGAAUGACUGCUACAGCCGGCUGAGGAAGCUGGUGCCCACCAUCCCGCCCAACAAGAGGGUCAGCAAAGUGGAGAUCCUGCAGCACGUCAUCGACUACAUCCUCGACCUGCAGCUGGCUCUGGAGACGCACCCGGCGCUGCUCCGGCAGCAGCAGCAGCAGCCGCCCGCCCUGCACCCGGGCAACUGCCCCGCCGGCACCCCCAGGACUCCGCUGACGGCCCUCAACACUGACCCGGUAAGAGGCUGGCUCUGUUAACAAGCCGGGAGACAGCAUCCUUUGCCGCUGAGCUCCGCUCCCCAGGUGUGCGGCGGCGCCGCGCGGAGGCACCGCGGGGGGCGGCGGGGGGGGGGAACCUUCCCGGCCCCCGCCGCACCGGAGCGAGGAGCCAUCCAACCCCCCUCCAGCAGUUCCCAUGUCUCAUCCAGCCUUUUUCACCAUUUUGCACGUCCGUAGCGGUCCCCGCCGUCCCUCCCCACCCCGUCCCAUCUCUUCUCUUCUCACCGAGCAGAUGCGAUCCAAAUAUCCCGCGGUGGUGGUCGGACUCGAGAAGGAAAAAGUUGCCCCGGGAUAGAGGACCCGAGCCUAAACCGGACUUUCAAAGCGUUAAUAACUCUUAAGGGACCGAGCAGCUGAAUCUUGAAGCUUUACUAAUCUACCAGAGCAUUUGUAGAUAUAUUUGACAUCUAUUGUUUAAAAUAGAUGGAUUUUAUUGGGGCCCAGGGAACUUUAUUCUCCCUGCAGGAAUGUUACAUAUUGUAUAGAUAAAUGAGUGACAUUUCAUACUGUGUAUAUAUAGAGAUGUUCUAUAAGUGUGAGAAAAGUAUAUGCUUUAAUAGACUACUGUAAUUAUAAAAUAUUUUUAAUUAAAUAUUUUUUUGUAAAUAUUAUAAAGUUGUGUAUGUUUUUUUUAAAUUUGUGGGAAUAUCUCUUUAGAAAAACACAGCUCAAGUACGGAGUUGUUAAUAUGAAAAUAUCUUGAAUGUUUAGGGUUCUUUUUUUUUUGUCCCCAAAUGUCCCUUAGACACGGAAUUUACAGCUAUAGCUAGUGGUCCUGCAUGAUUGCAUGAGAUGUCUAAUUGCAAAUAAACUUGUUUGGAGUCCAUACAAAUGUGUUUUCCUCAAUCUAGACUUUAAAUGUUUGUAAAUGUAUUAUACAUUUUGAGACUACACUUUUGUCAUUUAGGCACAGGGUUUUUUAGUGCAUUCUAUAAAAAUAGCGGUAAGAUGUGGUGGUUUUUUUUUUUUUACUGGGAAUAGAAAAAUUCUAUCUAGUUUUUGCAUUAUGGGGACAAUGCUUUAGAUCUUUAAACAGCUUUUUUUCAAAUAUGCUGUUGCAUCAGAUCAAGAAAGUUGUUCUGGAACUUUAUUUAGCACCAAAAGGUUUUAUUGCAAACUUGCGUUCCUACAGCCUGUUAACUGCUUAAAAAGUGAAAACAGUUCUCUGCUUGUAACCAAAGGGCAAAUCAUUAACAAAACCAGUUAUUUCCUUCAUCCAAAGAGUAUUGAUACCGAACUUAAGAAAGGCACGUGGGCAAAGUCAUUAUGAUCAGUGAUGUAAAUUCAUCUUAAAAUGAACUCGAGUAGACCAAAAAUCAAAUUUCUCCAACAAGAUUAUUUUUCUAGUACAAAAUGAUUUUCAUUUCACUGCAGCUAUUGUUACAGUUAAAAUCCUGUUUAAUCUGUGAUGUGUAACUCUACUACAUGUGAACAUUAAACUAGAUUUACCUGUCUUCAACUGUGAU